UUCAAUACGCCAUGCCAAAUGAUAAGACACCUUUGACUCAAUUUCCUGUUUAAAUAUUUCGCCCCUUUUUGAUGAAUUAGUUCUGAACUACUACUGUAUAUAGAAAAAGAAAUGGAGAUGAAAGGGUCUUCACCUUAUCCGUGCACGGUAACCAUUCGACGGAACCCUCACCGGAAGGCAAGACCAACACCGUCCUCCGCUGCUCCUGCUUCGGUUCUCCGAACUUCAUCAUCACCACCGCGAAAUAUUUCUUCAUUCCCCAUUGAAGACAUUCUGUCCAUGGAAGUCCCUGAAAAACAACUUAUAGAGACGGCAUCAUCAGAGAAUCUCAAGGUAUAUAUGAGAAUCCGAACAUUAAUUUCUCAAAGAGAAAUACUGAAAAAAGAAAAAACGGUCGCUGGAUUGAAGAAGACAAAAAAUUCGUGGCCUAAAAACCCUAAGUCCACCAUUACGUUGCCGAAGAAACUCAAAAAGAGCAAUGCAGUCUGUGUGACAGUGAAUGAUGCACAUACCGUUACCGUAUCGCCUCCACAGAGCUUACAAGAUGGCAAACGUAUUAAAUCAGAAGUUUAUCAAGGUUUUUCACAAGUCUUCUCGUCAGAAGCAUCUCAGAGGGAAGUUUAUGAAAAAAUGGUGAAUCCUUUAGUUGAGGAUUUUCUGAAGGGUAAGAGUGGCAUGUUGGCUGCAUUGGGACCAAGUGGUUCUGGGAAGACUCAUACCAUCUUUGGGUGCGGAAGGGACCCUGGUAUGGUGCCUCUGUCUCUUUGUCGAAUUUUAUCACAAGAAGAAGGCAACAAGAUGCAGUCACGGAGGAUAUUUUAUCUUUCCAUGUUUGAGAUCUGUUCUGAGAAAGGAAAAUUUGAAAAGAUAUUUGAUUUAAUUCAAGAUGGGGCUGACUUGUUUAACCAACAAUCAUCUAUUAAAGGCAUGCGAGAGGCGGUACUUUAUGAUCCUCAGCAAGCUGAAUCCCUAAUUGCAUGUGGACUUUUGAAACGUGCGACAGCUAUGACAAACUCAAAUAGUCAAUCUAGUCGUUCACAGUGCAUCAUAAACAUCCGCUGCGAAUAUAAGAAGGUAGAUGAAAAAGUUGGUGGUGAUAACUCAAACAGUGCUGUCCUGACUAUAGUUGACCUUGCUGGAGCUGAGAGGGAAAAGAAGACCGGAAAUCAGGGGAUUAGACUGCUCGAAAGUAAUUUUAUCAACAACACAUCGAUGGUAUUUGGCUUGUGCUUAAGGGCAUUAUUGGAGCAUCAGAAGAACCCGAGGAAACCUAUGCAGAAGCACUUUCAAAACUCUUUGUUGACAAGAUACUUACGAGAUUAUUUGGAAGGCAAGAAGCGGAUGGCAUUGCUUCUAACUGUAAGACCAGGGGAAGAAGACUACCUUGAUACUUCUUUCCUUCUAAGGCAGGCUUCACCAUAUACAAAAAUCAAGUUUGACAUCAUUGAAGAACAUGGAGUCUUAAACCACAACAAGAGGUCUGUGCAAAGAACACCUAGCUUAGUGCAGCUUAAAAGGAUGAAGUUGAGCCGAAGUGAAGAUUGUGAGGUCAAUCAAGGAAGUUAUGAAUGUGCUCAACUUCUGAAUAAAGAAGCUGCUGCGGAAGGAAUGAAGAAUGUCAGUUUGACAGAUGUUCGUGCACAAUCUGAGGAGAUCAUCACUGUAGAAGCUAAUGAGAGGAAUAUUCUCAGAGUUGAUCACGUUGACAUGGAAAGGGAAGAGAGAAACCAUCAGAUUCUGCAAAAUUUUAGUAAAGCUUUGUGGAAAGUCUUGAAAGAAUACAAGAGAAAACUUGAGGUGGCGGAAAAUGAAAUUUGCACCCUCAGAAAUUGCUUAACUAGUGAGGAAACUAGAUCUGCAGAACUAGAGAAUCAAGUGAGGGAUUGGCAAAGUAACUGCUGCUGUAGGGAAGGAAUUUCAAGUGAGAUAUUCUCCAGAAAAGUUGAUGGAUUCAGAGGAAAAAAAUUGUUAGAUUAUGAUGAGAAUCAUUCAACUGAUUGCAAUGAGGUGGGUGAAAGUGAAACUUGCACUCCUGGAAAUUACAUAAUCAAUGAGAAAACAAAAUUCUCUGAAUUAGAGAAUGAACUGAGGUAUUGGCAAAGUAACAGCUGCUGUAGGAAAGGGAUUUCAAGUGAGGUUUCCUCCAGAAAAGUGGAUGAAUUCAGAAGAAAAAGUUACUCAGAUUUUGAGAAUCAUCAAUCCACCGACUUUAAUGAGGUUAAGUCAGAAGUGUAUUUUUGUCAUCACCUGGAAGGGGCGCUGCAUACAAGAAAUGAGGGGCGGGUUGACUCCACUACUGCUCAGAAGCUCGAAAGCUCUAUUGAAGAUGCUACUGAUAUUGAAGAUCUUAACAACACAAAUGAAAUGAAAGCAGACAGUAUACGUUGGAAUGACAAAGCUGCUGCUGUACUAAGUGGGUCAGGCUCUUGCACUGAUCAAGACCGCGAGAGAGAAAAGGAAAGUUCUGUUGCAGAGUCAGGGUCAUCACAAGCAAUUACUCUGUUAUAUUAUAAAGAUCCACUGCACAUGCAACAUUUGUAUACAUCAGUACUUCCAGAAUGUACAGUCACAUCUUCAAGGUCAUAUAUCUUUGUCGAAAAUAACCACUGUGUUCCAGUGGUGGAGGAUCAAGCACAGAAAAAAGAUUACAAGAGACUAUUGGGUCCAUCAACAACGUUAAUGCCUGGGGAUGUUGUACACGCUGUAGCACAUCAUGACAACAAUGUUCUUGAAGUGGUUACUAAACAUGGUUCCGGCUCUAAAUUUCAGAAUGCAGAUAAACCAAAAAGGAGACUUCUACCAGUUUCGUCCAUUUUAUUAAAAGAUAUAGGCAGCAUAAACUUCAAGGACGAGAAUGAAAAACCAAAGGGAGUCAAGGCAGAAAAGAAAGGAGCUUCUUCUGGUGAGAACAGAACUCAGGGCAGCAUUUCACUUCUUCGUUUGCUCAAGGCUAAUCUUGCUAUCUAGUGCAAAAUGAUAACUGCAUUCUAAGGUUUCGUCUGCAAUAGACAACACUGUUCAAUCUUUCCUCUGCAAUUAAGUUCUCAAAAUGCUACUUUUUUUAUUUUUGAAAGCUUUAUGAGCUUUUCUGAUAACUGUACCGAACAAAGUUCGAGAACAAGGCCAUGCUUGGAAGUGCUUGUAGCUUUUAUUUCUUCUUGGGCUGGCGUUAUGCUUGAAGAACUUUGCUUCAGGUUUUGAAGUUGUUGAUUCUAUAGCAAGACCAUUAAGAUUGUUUUGUUAUAAAUUCAGUUGUGAUAUUCUUUUCAAAGAAUAAUAAAAGUGAUUUUAUAUUCA